AUGACCGACGAGCAGGUAAAGGCCGCUCUUGCCGAGCAGCCGCUGAUGCCCCUCACACGCUCCAAGCUGGCCAUCCCCUUCGUAGGCAAGGAUGUUCCGUCACAGAGCUCAGAGUUCGCGCAUCCGGACAUCGUGCUGGGCCUGACGUCCUUUGCCUACCGCUACGAGGGCCUCCGUCGCUCCGACUUCGAUGAGGUCAUGUCGGCCCUGGCCGACCGCUUGGAGAAUGAGGGCGGUGGCUCCCAGCUCGAGCGGCCCACGGCGCUCCGCGGGGAGGCGGGCGCCGUCUUCUGCGUGAAGCAGCGGGAGAUGGACGAGCGGGCAGCCAACGAGGACCCGAACAGCCUGAGCCUACAGAACAUCUGCACAGCCAAAAGCGAGCCGAUGGCGCAAGAGGGCGAGGGCUUCGAGCUGGAGACGGAGCUCCACGUCGCCGCGCGGCACGGCGAUGUCGGGGCCCUGAAGCGCCUCAUGGCCUCCAAGGCGGACGUGAACAAGGCAGACGUGGACCUCUACACGCCCCUGCACCGGGCCUGCGACCGUAAGGAUGCCAGGUGUGUGGAGAUGCUCCUCCAAGCAAAGGCCGAUCCCAACGUGUCACAUCCAGGCUUGGAUGGAUGGACGCCUCUACACCUAGCCGCCUGGCGUGACUCCCAACACUGCGCCACCCUCCUCUUAGAGGCUGGGGCAGACUCUGCCGUCCUGGACUGGUAUGGCAAGACUCCUUUGUCUCUGGCCGGGAAGGGCGUCAAGAUGCUCAUCUCCCAGUCAGCCCAAGCCAGCACCAAGAGUGCGGACAGCUGGGAGAACUUCCGGAAAGGCUGCGUGAUGCAACCCUCUGCUGUUCAUCUUGCGAACAUCGAGCGAUGCAACAAGGCAUCCCAGGAGCAUGGCGAGCAGCAAGGGGAGUUCUGCGCCAACUUCGACAGGAGGAGGAGUCUGGCGAAGAUCCCCGUGCGGACAAGCGGCCUCGCGUCCGCUCGCCUAGACCGCGGAAAGUCCUUGAUCCCUUACAUCCCGGUCCUUCCUUUGCACCUUCUCGAGAAGACGAAUGCGCCACAGAUGCAGAGGCUGUUCGAGCUUUUCCGCAGGCUGCCCUCGGCCAUCCACUUCUAUCUCGAAGCGAACAUAUUCCCAAACUUCAUGCGCUUCCAGGAACAGAAGUUCUCUGCCUCUGGGCAGGAGAUGGGCGGCUCUAUUCUUUUCAAGCAAAGGCUCCUCAGGGUUUUCAGGGCUGCGGGUUCAGGAGAUGUGGGUGUUUCCUCAUGCCCUAGGGUCUGGUGA